CGUACGGUCGUAUACGAAACGUUGUGUAACUCGGGAAGUUCACGUCAUUCACACGUGCGGUCUUGCCAACUCCACGGGUUUUGAAUAGUGUCGAUUCGAACUUGUUUAAUUUGUUACCGCAGUCGACUACCGUACGUCAUGUCGAUCCGUACCUACUAUUUGGUUUUUUCAUGAGAUGGUUCACAUUUCAGCGACAUGCACCAGAAAACGGUUGGCUGAACAGCGUCCCCGUCAAGCCAUUAAGGCGCUCCAGAGUGCAGCGAUACACACUUUGGACAUUUUUUACACGAAUUCAACUAGAAAGAUUGCUCCGAUCAAUGGUUUUGAUAAAAAAAAUAUUUCUAACAGCAGACGAACUUAAUCACUUAAUCCUAUUAUGCAGAGUAAUGAAACGGAUAGCCACUCGGUGUUUACGUCGUUGGACUUUGGUAUACGGUGUGAUAUUGAUAAUAUUUAUCAUCACGCAAUAUCAUAAAAGCUGGUCAAAAUUAUUGGAUUUACAUAUCGGCAUGCAGAAAUCGAAAAACAUAAUCGAAUGCACUUUAGAGACGCAAGAGCUGUUCUACCGAAAUCAAAAAUUAAAAAUCACCAAUUGUUCAAUAAUUGACGGCGGCGAGGGCAUAACCGGAGGUCCGAGUUUUGACAACGUACGAUUGUUGAAAAGGAUCGUUGAACGACUGAACUACGAGCAAACGAUACGCAAUCUAGACGUAUAUGGUCCGUUAAACAACAAUUCUUUAAUCGUAUUGAUACAAGUACACACUCGUAUCAACUAUCUGGCCGAAACCAUCAGCAGCUUGUCGCAAGCUCGCGGCAUCGAAGACGUCUUAUUGAUAUUCAGUCACGAUUAUUACGACAUGCGGAUCAACGACUUGGUGCGUUCGAUAAAUUUUUGCAAAACGAUGCAAAUAUAUUUCCCGUAUUCAAUGCAAAUAUACACAGAUGUGUUUCCUGGUCAAUCGCCACACGAUUGUCCCCCAAAAAUCACGCGGGCCGAAGCGAUCGAAAUGAAUUGCACCAACGCCAUGUUUCCUGAUCUGUAUGGAAAUUAUCGAAACGCAACAGCUACUCAAGUCAAACACCAUUGGUGGUGGAAAAUUAAUACGGUGUUCGAUCGAUUGACAGCCAUCAGAUAUUAUACGGGUUCGAUAUUAUUCAUUGAAGAAGACCAUUACAUAGUAAAAGAUUUCAUUUACAUGCUGAGACUAAUGCAGAAAACAUGUCCUCAAAGUAAAAUAUUUUCUUUGGGAAUACACUCGGACUAUGUUUCUUCUAGAAAGUCACCACAGAUACACGUGUCAAAUUGGAUAAGCAAUUUAGGCAUAUCAUUUAACCGUUCAGUUUGGAAUGAACUCAUUCAAUGUACUAACCAAUUUUGCUACUACGAUGACUACAAUUGGGACUGGAGUUUACAGAAAAUGACGAAAACAUGUCCGGGUCAUACUUUUUGGACGUCUACGUUACAAAAUUCUCGAGUUUACCACUUAGGAAAAUGUGGCAUGCAUCACGCGAAUAACUGCACGGAUAUGUCACACAUUGUCAAACUUAAACAAAAUCUGAACACUUUAAAGUUGUAUCCGGAAACAGUGGACGUGACUUUAGAGAACACUAAACAGAUGCCGAUCUCGGGCUUUGGCGGUUGGGGAGACACGCGGGAUCACAAGUUAUGUAUGCACAUGAUGAACCAUUAUGACGUGAAAACGCAAAUACAAAACAGGUUUACGAAACCUUUAAAACGCUAAAAAUGACUUUCACUGCUGACCAUUUCGUUUUAUCAAUAAAUAUGUAUUUUACUAAUAAAUAAAUAAAUACCUAUUUUACUUUGUUAUAACAGCA